CGAACACAGUCCCUUAAGGCACAUGUUCAGCUCCCAACAAAACUCUAUUUCAUCUCUUCUCUUCAUCGUAUUGUUCCUCAUUCAUUCAUUCAUUCAUUCAUUCCCUCCUUUCAUAUCCUCCAAUGGAAGCCAGCGCCGGACUCGUUGCGGGCUCUCACAACCGCAAUGAACUUGUUGUCAUUCAUGGCCAUGAAGAGCCUAAACCUCUGAAGAACUUGGAUGGUCAAGUUUGUGAGAUUUGUGGUGAUGAAAUUGGGUUGACGGUCGAUGGAGAUCUUUUCGUGGCCUGCAACGAGUGUGGUUUUCCAGUUUGUAGGCCUUGUUAUGAGUAUGAAAGGAGAGAAGGGAGUCAACAAUGUCCUCAAUGCAAAACUAGAUACAAGCGUCUCAAAGGGAGUCCUAGGGUGGAGGGAGAUGAAGAUGAAGAGGAUGUGGAUGAUAUCGAACAUGAAUUCAACAUUGAUGAUGAACAAAACAAGUAUAGAAAUAUCGCUGAAUCGAUGCUUCAUGGAAAGAUGAGCUACGGGAGAGGCCCUGAAGACGAUGAAGGUUUGCAAAUCCCACCCGGUUUAGCUGGUGUUCGAUCUCGGCCGGUGAGCGGGGAGUUCCCAAUAGGAAGCUCUCUUGCUUAUGGGGAACACAUGUCAAAUAAACGAGUUCAUCCAUAUCCUAUGUCUGAACCUGGAAGUGCAAGAUGGGAUGAAAAGAAAGAGGGAGGAUGGAGAGAAAGGAUGGAUGAUUGGAAAAUGCAGCAAGGGAAUUUGGGUCCUGAACCUGAUGAUGCCUAUGAUGCUGACAUGGCUAUGCUUGAUGAAGCUAGGCAGCCAUUGUCAAGGAAAGUGCCAAUUGCAUCGAGCAAAAUCAAUCCUUAUCGUAUGGUGAUUGUGGCUCGUCUAGUUAUCCUUGCUUUCUUUCUUCGCUAUCGGAUUUUGAACCCGGUACAUGAUGCAAUUGGGCUUUGGCUAACUUCUGUGAUCUGUGAAAUCUGGUUUGCCUUUUCAUGGAUCCUUGAUCAGUUCCCUAAAUGGUUCCCUAUUGACCGCGAGACGUAUCUCGAUCGCCUUUCCCUCAGGUAUGAGAGGGAAGGUGAGCCCAACAUGCUUGCUUCUGUUGAUAUUUUUGUCAGUACAGUGGAUCCAUUGAAGGAACCUCCUCUAGUAACAGCGAAUACAGUUCUAUCGAUCUUGGCCAUGGACUACCCAGUGGAUAAAAUCUCUUGUUACAUUUCUGACGAUGGUGCUUCUAUGCUCACCUUUGAAUCAUUGUCUCAAACAGCUGAAUUUGCUAGAAAAUGGGUGCCGUUCUGUAAGAAAUUUGCUAUAGAGCCCCGAGCACCGGAGAUGUACUUUACUUUAAAGGUAGAUUACCUCAAAGACAAAGUCCAGCCGACAUUCGUGAAGGAGCGUCGAGCUAUGAAGAGAGAAUAUGAAGAAUUCAAGGUUAGGAUAAAUGCACUUGUAGCCAAAGCCCAAAAGGUUCCUCCAGAAGGGUGGAUCAUGCAAGAUGGGACACCAUGGCCAGGAAACAAUACUAAAGAUCACCCUGGUAUGAUUCAAGUAUUUCUCGGUCAAAGUGGAGGCCAUGAUACCGAAGGAAAUGAGCUUCCUCGUCUCGUCUAUGUAUCUCGAGAGAAAAGGCCAGGUUUCUUGCAUCACAAGAAAGCUGGUGCCAUGAACGCCCUUGUUCGUGUCUCGGGGGUGCUUACAAAUGCUCCUUUUAUGUUGAACUUGGAUUGUGACCAUUAUUUAAAUAACAGCAAGGCUGUAAGAGAGGCUAUGUGUUUCUUGAUGGACCCUCAAAUUGGAAGAAAGGUUUGCUAUGUCCAAUUCCCUCAACGUUUCGAUGGUAUUGAUAGACAUGAUCGAUAUGCCAAUCGGAACACAGUUUUCUUUGAUAUUAACAUGAAAGGUCUAGAUGGUAUACAAGGCCCUGUAUAUGUCGGCACGGGGUGUGUUUUCAGAAGGCAAGCUCUUUAUGGUUAUGAACCUCCAAAGGGACCUAAGCGCCCGAAAAUGGUAACCUGUGGUUGCUGCCCUUGCUUUGGACGCCGCAGAAAGGACAAAAAGCACUCUAAGGAUGGUGGAAAUGCAAAUGGUCUAAGCCUAGAAGCAGCCGAAGAUGACAAGGAGUUAUUGAUGUCCCACAUGAACUUUGAAAAGAAAUUUGGACAAUCAGCCAUUUUUGUAACUUCAACACUGAUGGAACAAGGUGGUGUCCCUCCUUCUUCAAGCCCUGCAGCUUUGCUCAAAGAAGCCAUUCAUGUAAUUAGUUGUGGUUAUGAAGACAAAACCGAAUGGGGAAGCGAGCUUGGCUGGAUUUACGGCUCGAUUACAGAAGAUAUCUUAACAGGAUUCAAGAUGCAUUGCCGUGGAUGGAGAUCAAUAUACUGCAUGCCAAAGUUGCCUGCAUUCAAGGGUUCAGCUCCCAUCAAUCUAUCGGAUCGACUAAACCAAGUCCUUCGAUGGGCACUCGGUUCUGUUGAAAUUUUCUUUAGUCAUCAUUGCCCUGCAUGGUAUGGUUUCAAGGGAGGAAAGCUAAAAUGGCUUGAACGAUUCGCAUAUGUCAACACAACCAUCUACCCCUUCACAUCUUUACCACUUCUCGCCUAUUGUACCCUGCCGGCAAUCUGUUUACUUACCGAUAAAUUUAUCAUGCCACCGAUAAGCACCUUUGCAAGUCUAUUCUUCAUUGCCUUGUUUCUUUCAAUCUUUGCAACUGGUAUUCUCGAGCUAAGGUGGAGUGGAGUAAGCAUUGAAGAAUGGUGGAGGAAUGAGCAAUUUUGGGUCAUCGGUGGCAUUUCAGCACAUUUGUUCGCGGUUAUCCAAGGCUUGUUGAAAGUUCUAGCUGGUAUUGACACUAAUUUCACUGUCACAUCCAAGGCAACUGAUGACGAGGAGUUCGGGGAAUUGUAUACUUUCAAAUGGACAACCCUUCUAAUUCCUCCAACUACUGUCUUAAUCAUCAAUUUAGUCGGUGUCGUUGCCGGCAUCUCAGAUGCCAUAAACAAUGGAUACCAAUCAUGGGGACCUCUUUUUGGGAAGCUCUUCUUCUCUUUCUGGGUGAUUGUCCAUCUCUAUCCAUUCCUUAAAGGUUUAAUGGGGAGACAAAACAGGACCCCAACCAUUGUUGUUAUAUGGUCAGUGCUAUUAGCUUCAAUCUUCUCCUUGCUUUGGGUCCGAAUUGAUCCAUUUGUGAUGAAAACCAAAGGACCAGACACUACAAUGUGUGGCAUUAACUGUUGAAAAAAAUCAUCUUGCGUGGUUCUUUUAGAUUAUGGUAUGUGAUGUAUGAACAAACAAGAAUGGAGAUGCACAAGACAGAAUAAAAUUAGAGUGAAAGUUUUGUGUAGUUAUAUAUUCAUUGUACCAACUAUAAGUUUUGUCAUUCAAUUGAAAAUAGCUCAACUUUGUGAUCA